ACAAAGAGCUUCCAAUUAAUGAAGAUAACGAUGAAGCUUUUGAUAUUUGUUCUAUUCGUUGUAUGAUAUUUUUAGAUAGCAGAUCAUCUCUAAUUAAAGCGGAUGGGGUGCUUGAUAGUUGA